AUGGAUAUCAAAUUCAGUGCUAAUACUCUUAUACAUGACAAUAUGUCCAGCUUAUUAUUGGUACCAAAGUUUGCAGACUCUUUUCUAGGAACCGUCACACAAUCAUUCUACACCACAUAUCUCUGGCGUGUUAAAGUAUCAGUUUUGAAAUUUGUCCAAAUACUCGUCUUCUCCAACAUUUAUGAAUUAGAGAAAGGUAUUCGUCCUGCGAAGGUCUUGAGACUUCUCUACGACGCAAUCAUAGAUCACCAGAGUAGGGUUAUUCGAUUUGGUCUAGAUUUAUUCUUCCCAAAUCCCACUUUUCUUCUGAGAAUGGAGCCAAACCUGGAUAAAAGGUUUGAGCUUUUCAAACCACUUCGGAUGAUUUCAAUGAAUUCGCAGGUAGAAGUACGUAUGGAAGCAUCACGCGCCAUGCUCACUCUAAUCCUCUGUGAAUAUAUAAAAGUUGAUGACGAGCUUACGAAUUAUCUGAAUGAUCUGAUGAAGAACAAGAGCACUCCUUCACUGCAUGGCGCUAUAUUAGGAAUGGGUGCAGUCGUACGAGCCCAUCCAUUCUCGACACCACCCACCAUCAAACCCAUGUUGCGGGCAUUGUGUGGUGUGACCAGCCACAAUGCUGAGCUUCAGAAAACUGCAACGACUGCACUGCGUGAAUUCCGUCGUACUCAUCGAGAAAACUGGGAGAAGACAGCGAACUUCUGGGAUCGGACCUUGUGUACAAGAUCGAGAAUGCUAUUGCACCCCUUUACUAUGCUUGAAAUACUUAUUUUGAUAUGUUUUCGUGGUUUACCUAGCAUUCUCGAUCUCUUUUACUUCUCUAAACCAUGUGAAAUAUGA